GCCACACUCCCCUACAUUGAGGUGCUGCGGCUUGUCCCGGCUGCUCUUUAGCAGGCUGACGCUCAUCUGCCUGCUAGAGUUGACAGAGAAUAGUACGCUCCGCCGGCAGUAACUUACCACAGAGUCAGCCACAGUCAGAACUUGUAUGAAUACCGGUAAGCAGCAGAAGCCAGUGCUUACAGGCCAGAGGUUCAAGACCAGGAAAAGGGAUGAAAAAGAGAAGUUUGAGCCAACAGUUUUCCGAGACACAAUCGUCGUGGGCCUCAAUGAAGCAGGCAGUGACCUGGACGCUGUAGCCAAAUUUCUAGAUGUCACAGGCUCGCGGCUGGACUACCGACGCUAUGCCGAAACUCUGUUCGACAUCCUUAUCGCAGGAAGUAUGCUUGCUCCUGGUGGGACGCGCAUCGACGAAGGCGACAAGACCAAGGUGACGGCCCACUGCGUCUUCACCACCGAGGAAAGCCACAGCGCUCUCCGCCUUUAUGCUCAGGUUUUCAGUAAGCUGAUUAGGAGAUACAAAUAUCUGGAGAAGGCCUUUGAGGAGGAAAUCAAAAAGCUGCUGCUCUUCCUGAAGGCCUUCACCGAGUCGGAGCAGACCAAGCUUGCCAUGCUGACCGGCAUCCUGCUGGCCGGCGGGACGCUGCCGCCCCCCAUCCUCACCAGCCUCUUCAGUGACAAUAUAGUCAAGGAAGGUAUCUCUGCAUUGUUUGCAGUGAAGAUGUUCAAGGCAUGGAUAGCAGAGAAAGAUGCCAAUUCAGUAACUUCAGCCUUGAGGAAGGCAAACCUGGAUAAAAGACUUCUGGAGCUGUUCCCUGCCAACAAGCAGAACGUGGAGCAUUUCUCCAAGUACUUCAACGAGGCUGGGCUGAAGGAGCUGUCGGACUUCCUGCGCACGCAGCAAACCCUGGGAACCCGCAAGGAGCUGCAGAAAGAACUGCAGGAGCGCCUGUCGCAGGAGUGCCCCAUAAGAGAGAUGGUGGUGUAUGUGAAGGAGGAGAUGAAGAGGAACGAGCUGCAGGAGCAGGCUGUGAUUGGCCUGCUGUGGACGUGCCUGAUGAACGCUGUGGAGUGGAACAAGAAGGAGGAGCUGGUCACUGAACAGGCACUCAAACACCUCAAACAUUAUGCUCCACUGUUGGCAGUGUUCAGCACACAGGGCCAGUCGGAGCUCGUGCUGCUGCUGAAGAUCCAGGAGUACUGCUACGACAACAUCCACUUCAUGAAGUCCUUCUCCAAGAUCGUGGUGCUCUUCUAUAAAGCUGAUGUCCUGAGUGAGGAGGCCAUACUGAAGUGGUACAAAGACUCCCACGCUGCCAAAGGGAAGAGUGUUUUCUUGGAACAGAUGAAGAAGUUUGUCGAGUGGCUGCAGAAUGCUGAAGAAGAGUCGGAGUCUGACAGGGAGGAGGGCUAGAGGAGAGUCGGUCUUUCUAGAGUCUGCCUCCUGUGGCCUGAAUGUCAGUGCAGCAGUUAGUUUGCAGUGUCCCUCCUGGACGGGCGCUGCACCUGCACCACCACCACCUAUACCGACCUCCUGCCCCGACACGAGCAAACCUAGUGAAAUAGCCACGACCCCGGACGUGUAGCCAGCCUCUGGUGUGAGGUCAGACCUCUUCAGCACGGACUCCCUUCUCUAAAGCUGUCCAGGAAUAGCAACCUGACCUCAUCGUCUGCAGUAGAUUGUCACUCUUUUUAGUAUGCAAGUGAGUUUUGUGAAACUCACUUGGGUAUGUAACUUGACAAUGCUCCAAUGUUUUUAUGAAUAAAAUGUUUUUAUAUGUAUG